UCCAGUUCAGUAUGACCAUCUCGCGUUUGGCGUAAAAAAUAAAACUAAAAAGCUUAGUGUUCUAAAAACUAAUUUUUAAUUUAAAAAAAUUAAAAUAAAAAAUGCCUCUGACGCGGGAAACCGCCCGUGAGCUCUGCCGCACCUGCCUGCUGCCAUUAAACAGGGAGCUGCAGCUCCAGCAAUUGCAGGAGGAGAUUCCCAUUCCCAUUAGCCAGGAGCUGCGGCAGUUGCUCCACAUGGAUCUCGACCAGGAUGAGGAGGAUCUGCCCCAGGAACUCUGCCUGGAGUGCCGCCUGCUGGUCGAGAACUUCGAGCGGUUUCGCCGGAAGGCAGAGGAUUCCAGGAGGCAGCUGGAGGAGAUGCUGAAAAGGGAGCAGGAUGCAAAGGAACCCACUUUUGAGGUGGUCUACGAGGAGGGGCAGGCGGACGAGGGUUCCCUGCACAGCCUGGAGCCCCCCGAACCGGAGCCCGAUCCAGAUCCCAUUGCCAGGACCAGGAGAACCACCGCGAGGAACACCCUAAAGUGCAGCCUGUGCCGGCACAGCUUCGCCCACCAGAUUACCCUGGCUGCGCAUGUGCGCAAGGUGCACGAGGGCAGCAAGCGGCCCUACCAGUGCGACCAGUGCGACAAGGCCUACAGCUUCAUGGGCGGCCUGUAUACGCACAUUCGGGAGGUGCAUGCGCCGCAGGAGCGGCGGCAUCCCUGCGAUCAACCUGGAUGCGAGCGAAUCUACACCAGCCGCAUUGCCAUGCAGAAGCACAAAAGGCUGAAGCAUUCACCACGCGGCAGGGAUGCCCUCAGGAAGUUCAUCUGCGAACAGUGCGGCGCCAGCUUCAAUCAGUCGGCGAAUCUCAAGUUUCAUCUGAAGACCAAGCAUCCCACCGAGGACGAGGUUUCCUCCGCCGCCGGCGAGCGGCACUUUUGCGAGAUCUGCCAGAAGGAGUUCCACUCGCGCUACACCCUCAAGUAUCACACGCUGCAGCAGCACGAGGUUAGCCAGGCGGAGCUGCCGCACGAGUGCCAGGUGUGCGGCCGCCGGAUGGCCAAGAAGUUCAUGCUGCUGCAGCACAUGCUCAAGCACUCCAGCGAAAAGCUGCCCUGCGAGCACUGCGGCCGGCCAUUCGCCCGCCGCUUCGAGCUGGAGGCCCACGUCCAGGCGGUGCACCUCAAGCUCAAGCCCUUCGCCUGUGGCCACUGCCCCGAGAGCUUCGCCUCGCGGAAGACGUUGCGCCACCACGAGUAUAUCCACACCGGCGAGAAGCCCUACGUCUGCGGCACCUGCGGCCAGGCCUUCCGCCAGCAGACGUGCCUCAAGAACCACCGCAAGGUGCAUGAUAAAUCGUCUUAGUCUUAGUCUUUGUAUAAUAAACUUAAGUAGCUUUAGUGACCAAGUAAAAUUGUCAAUUACACGGA